AUGUCUCAUGAUCACCAAAACGCUGAUGAUGAUGAUUGGAUAAAUGAUUAUCACGAUCUAUGUCACUACAUUCACGAUAGAGCAUCGGUAAAGACAACGAAAAAGAAUAGAUACAAAUUUUUACUAAAAGUAUACAAACAAAGGAAACAACAUACAAAACCUUUUAAUCAAAAUCGAUCGGAUGGUGGUUUAUGGGAAACUGCAAGAUUACUAGAUUUACAACUCCAAGACAGUAUUGCACGGGAAAUGGAAAUGGAUAGACUUGAAAAAAAAAGCAAAGCUCAAGAGGCCUAUCAAUUUGUGCCUAGGUUUAAAGCUGACCCAUUUGUUAAAGUAUGGUGUAAAGUGGGAGAGAGUGAUUCCCUUGAUAACGAUCGAAUGUGGCAAUGUAUUGAAACAAGGUCUGCCAAUUCCCCAUCGGUACCUUUUAUCAGUCGUAGUACUCUGAUCACUCAAUACCAUCACGCCAAUUGGGAAUAUCUUGGGAGAAAAUACUUUGGAAGGAUGCAACCUAUUCCGAUGGAUGGUCAGUGUGCGUCAGAGCUUGCUUUGUCACUCGAAAACAAGGUAGAUGAUUUGAUUGGAGUGUGUAACGCAGUCGAAUAUUUCUACAAACGAAGCAUACUCUUGGAUGAGAUCGUUCGUCUUGCAUUAAAAUAUCAACAUCCCGACAAUCUCCAAUUCAUCAUGUCCUAUGUAAAGCCCACACAUAUCGCCGCCAUCUACACCUUCACCAAAUAUAUUUCUGAUGAAAUACCCACCGAGAUGAAAUAUCCUCGUCCUCGGGAUAGCAAAGUACCCAAUCGACACUGUUUUUGUCUUGGUGGUAUAUUCAACAACGAUCUACUACACACCAUCGAAAUAAGAAACCGAAACUACUCACUCGUCAGUGAAUCGUCGUUUGCAACAGACCGGAUGAUGGAAAAGGAUGAAUGUAAUCCUUUGAUCAAGUUGUACCAAUCACCCAUUCGUAUUGAUUUCAAAUCUUACCGUAAAACAAUGAUCAACAAUCUCACACUCUUCAAAGAUUGUUUUAAUUGGUUCACAUCGUCGGUUCUUUCAAAUGUAACUUGGGGUGAAAUAGAUGGUUGUCGUGUGGUGUGUGCAGGUGGAGCUGUACUUGGUUCUCUUACUUGUGGGUCAAAAUCCUUUGAAGAAUAUCACGAGACCUAUCUACUUUCUGAACAGGCAAUCGCAACACUACCACUAGUAUGUAGAAAACAAAUACAAGAAUACCUUUCAUAUCCAACAAAAAAAGCCAUCUCCGAAGCUAGACACCAACUUCAAGGUAAAAUUCAACUUCAACGUCGAGGAUUUAGUUUUUCAGAAGACGGUCUGACCGUUGAUCCCCUCACCUGUGAAACAUUCUCCAAUUGGUACACGUCUACCCAAUUACAUUACAACUCCACCUCAUCCCCAUACUUCAACUCUGAUAUCGAUCUAUUCCUCAUUACAAAAUCAAAAGAGAGUGCAACGGAACGAAUCAAACAAUUGGUAAAAGAGAUUACCGUGUGUCUUCCAUGUAGUUACCAUAUCGUCAAAACUACAUAUUCAUUGACGAUCCUACCAACAGUCUUUCCAUACCGUCCAAUCCAAAUCGUCACAGCGACACUUCAAAGCUACUAUGAGUUCAUUCUCAAAGCAGAUAUAGAUUGUACAUGCUUUAUAUAUGAUGGAGAUCAUGUAUACACCCAUUUACGUGCUAUUCAAUCAUUUUACACUUCGACCAAUCGCAUAUCACCUCGUCUACUCGAACCAGAGAGAUCUCGAAUGAUCAAGUACGCAAAAAGAGAUUAUUCAUUCGAGGCCACUGAUUUAACAGACCAAAUACCUGGGUCCUCCAAAAUUGUUGAAAAACGCCUUCAAUACUGCACACUAGAUCCAACACCCCAAUUUAUGACUAGAAUCGAGCCAAAUAUUAGAUUUUAUUUGGUUGGACCCACCAAAAUCGACGAGUCAAACGAUCAGGAUGAUUUGGAUGGGCCUACGGAAAUCGACAUCGAUCCAAGUACUGCAUUUGAAUUGGAUGAAUCCACGAAAACUCACGUCGAUUCAAGUGCUACUGUGUUUGAUUUGGAUAGAUUCUUGGAAACCGAUAAUAUGCCAAAGCUCGUCAACCCAAAUUUCGCCUAUCAUGGAUGGAAUCAACUAGAUCGUUUUGUUGACCAACACAUCCAUACUCAACCAAAAUCAGUUGUUAACAUUGGUGUGGGGUGUUAUCAAUGUGGAGCAUUGAUCCUUCAUCAUCGGUUGGUAGAUCCCAAUCAGAUAGCUGUUUGUAAAAGUUGCAAGCAAAUAUCUGAAAUGAAGUGGAAACAAUGGGACUCUAUCAAAGUGGACCAAAACAAUGCCAAAUAUGCAUUGGUGACUGGUGCAAGAAUGAAGGUUGGCUAUUAUAUUGCAUUGAGAUUGUUAAAGAGUGGAUUCACUGUUAUGGUAACAACAAGAUUCCCUUGGAUUGCAAUAGAUCGUUAUUCAAUGGAAGAUGGUUACUCGGAGUGGAAGGAUAGACUAUUUGUAUAUGGUUGUGAUUUUAGACAUCUCCCAUCAGUCCAAUCAAUGAUCAAUCACAUCAAACAACUAUUCCCUCGUUUGGAUAUAUUAAUCAACAAUGCUGCUCAAACCAUUCGAAGACCACGUGCCUAUUUUAGAGAAUUAAUAGAAAAGGAAGAAUACCUAUCUCUCUCUUAUGGUUUAAUUGGUCAUAUUACUCAAUCUCUUAAAUUUAUAAAGAAUGGUGAUAGUAGUAAUUAUAAUGAAAUUCCAACACCAAAAAGAACAGUACAACUAUAUAAUAAUGAAAUACCAAAAAGUAUUAUGGAAUGUUCAUUGAUGACACAAAUACAAUUAUUGGAUCAUGACAGAGAAGAAAGAAAUGAUAAACUAUUCCCAGAAGGAUGUACAGAUUUACAUGGUGAACCAUUAGACAAGAGAGAACAAACAACUUGGAGAGAAACAAUUGAAGAAACAUCACCGAUUGAAAUGAUGGAAGUUCAAUUGGUCAAUGUUACAGUUCCAUUCAUGUUGAUCUCUCAACUAUCACCCAUUAUGUCAAACUAUAUCAAGACAGAUGGAGAUGACAACCAUUGGAAAUUUAUUGUCAAUGUAUCAGCACAAGAAGGAUCAUUCAACAAAGGAUACAAUCAUGGUCAUCACACUCACACCAAUAUGGCCAAAUCAUCACUGAAUAUGAUGACCUAUUCAAUCGCUGAGAGUUAUCUCAAGAAAGGUAUCUAUGUUUGUGGUGUAGAUACUGGAUGGUGUACAAAGAUGACAUCACAACUCAAAGAUGGACCAGAAUCACCACUCAAUGAGUUUGAUGGUGCUGCAAGAGUAUUGGAUCCAAUUGCAAGUAUAUUGUUGUUGGAUGAUGAUGAUUCAGCAAAAAGAAACAAGAUGCACGUUGGAGGAAUGUUUUGUCACUUCAAAGCACAAGAUAAUGUAAACUAUAGUGGUUCUGUAACAAGAAAUGAAUAA